GAAAUUGGUCCUGCGAAGCAACUCAAAAACGGAAAACCCUUUCGUCUAGCGGGUUUUCCGUCUUGCGAGGCAUUCGUCUUGCGGGGCACCACUGUAUCUGAGAGGUAGUUUAGUGAGUGAGAGCAGGGAACGAAAGUUAUAGGUCUGGAUAGGCACCCCAUGAAUGUAAUUGACUGAUACCGUUUAUGAAACCACACGCUUGUUAAACUGCAAUAAAUAAACAAACGUUUAUGUUUCAUUUUAACCCUGACUGGACUCAGUAUUGUCCCAGGUAGGGCCUGGGUAGUGGCAGCGAGAAAUAAAGUGGUGGCACAGGGAUCAAUAGACGGUGAAACGUCCAGGGACCCUGUGUGAUCACCACAACAACCACCAGGAAAACAGGAUUGGAGGCAAGUCCGUGCUGUUUGUAUGUACACUCUGUGGGAAACCUUAGAUUGUGCUGAACCGUGUGUGAAAUAGCUCCGAGAGUUAUAAGAUAUGUAGCAGCCAGGCACGUGAUGUGUUGAGACCCCUAUGAAGUGACCAGUAAAAGCUAAUAGUUCAUAGCCAAAGUGAUUGUUUCUGACAACUCCAAUAUGCGAGUCACAUCUUUAGGGCUUCACCGAAUGGCCUCAUCUCAAAACUGAAUGACCAAGGAGGUCAUCUAUGUCCCUAACACUGAGAAUUUUCAGGAUUGAUAGUCAACGUUUUUGCUGCCCUGGAAAAGUCUAUAUGCCACCUUCAUGAUCCAAUCUCGGCCCUACCUGGAGAAGCUAGGAAUUGAAUCUGGGGUCUUCUGCAUGCAAGCCAGUUCCUCUACUACUGAGCUACAGACCGUCUGCAUUGUGAAGUUAUAGUGUUUUAUCCAUAAGCUUGUCAUGUGCUCCCAAAGGUUGCCAGUACAGCAGCUUACACAGGCCUGGAGAGGCAAUGUUCUGUUUUGCCAGUUCUAUAAAAAUGGCUACUAAUUAUUCCUCUUUGUUUCUUUGUUUAUCGGGGGAGAAAAAGAACCGCUGGUCCCUGCUCAACAUCUUUCUGGUCUGCCUCUUGGCCUGCGCCAUCACCACUGUCUUAGGGGUGCUGGUUUUGUCUCUGGUCUAUACCGCCAAUACCGGCUUCAAACCAAAAUACGAUGCCAGUUCACAAAAGCAUAGAGCUGCUUCCACGGGAACUUUGGUAACAUCUGCCCAGGUGGACCCCAAGUUCCAGUUUCUCCACCAGCUUGCUAAAGCCAAGGUAUAAUUUGACCAUAUCCUGUUUUAUUUUUAUUUGUUUAAGGCGUUUAUACACUGCUUAAUCAUUAGUAUUUCUAAGCGGCGUACAAGGAACCAGGAGCCACGCAAAGAACAAAAAACGAAAAAGCUGUGCAAAACUUGAACGGCCUUCAAAUAACUGCUGGAGUGGGAAAGUCUUUUUUGUCAUGUGCCUGAAGUUCAGCCAGGAGGCUGCCGUUAUGAUCUCAAUUCGGCGUGUGCUCCACAGGCUUGGGCCCACAACACUAAAAGCCCAGCCGGUAUAUAUUUCACAUAAGAGGCUGCGGACUGUCCUUCAUUGGAGAGGUUGGAUGGUCAUCUGUCAUGGAUGCUUUAGUUGAGAUUCCUGCAUGACUCUUGGGGGUCCCUUCCAACUCUGUGAUUCUAUGAAUAAGGACCUUAAUGAUUAUUUUGUCCAUGGGGUUGCCAAGAAGUAGUGGCCUUCAGCUCCCAUCAUCCCUCACCAAAGUCCAUGCUGGCUGAGGCUUUAGGGUCUUGAAUUUCAGCAGCAGCUGGAAGACACAAAGUUGGCUAGUGUUGCUCUACUGAGGUCCAGCUCCGAGGGCCUUCUGGCGGUUCCCUCACUGCGAGAAGUGAGGUCACAGGGAACCAGGCAGAGGGCCUUCUCGGUAGUGGCGCCCACCCUGAGGAACACCCUCCCACCAGAUGUCAAGGAAAUAAACAACUAUCUGACUUUUACAAGACAUCUGAAAGCAGCUCUGUUUAGGGAAGUUUUUAAUGUUCGAUGUUGUAUCAUGUUUAUAAUAUUCUGUUGGGAGCUGCCCAGAGUGACUGGGGAAACCCAGCCAGAUGGGCAGGAUAUAAAUAAUGAAUUAUUAUUAUUAUUAUUAUUAUUAUUAUUAUUAUUUUAUUUUACUGUAUAAGGAAAGAAGGAGCCACAUUAUGUGUUCUUGGACUGUGGAGGGAUGUAGCUUAAGUACCUGAGCCUGUAACAAGUGUACACUCUUUCACGCAAAUUCUUGUAGAUAGCUAGAGGCAUGAUGGGCCACAAAUAACGUCACUGGAUAUUAGACUUUUUAUGCAGUGCUUGAUGUCCCAAGUAUUACCCUUUCCAGAAGCAUGAGUUCCCGGGCGGUACCAUUCAGUGGUCGAGAUUCCGGAAAAACGCCAAUGAGUACCAGAACAAGGAAGAGAUGGAGUUUGGAAGAAGCAUCAAUGCUCAGCGCUCCAAGAUGACGUUUGGAACUUUGAGGAUUAAGAGCAAAGGACUGCGUGCACCACACUGGCAUUUCAAUGCCAAUGAACAUGGCUACCUCUUAAAGGUACUUUUUGGGGUUAUCUUAAAAUUGUUUUUACCCAAUCUUUCUAGUGGAAAGAACCCUUAGAAAGCUAUAGGAUUAGGAUGGUGGUUUCGUUUUUAUGUCAUCUUUGGGUGCCCUCCAAAUUUAUGGUUUUAUAUCUCUAAAAUUGCAUUCUGCAGAGGAGUAUUUUUGCUAAGUUAAAGGCCCAAGCCAUGUCUGUUAAGUAUCUCUUUGCAUAAUUAAGCAGUAAAGGAUACUAGUUGCCAUGGAAGUUACUGGAUGUUUCCAGAAGCGGGACAGGCCUCCUUCCUCUGGUUGGAGGUUAUGUCAUUGGUGGGUUUAAGAGAGAAUAGACCAGGGUGAGUCAUAGGUGGAGUAAACACACAGGCUUAACUUGCUCUCUGUGCGCUGAAUCCAGAGCUAUGGCUUUGGGAAACCCACAAGAAAACUAAUGGGAAAAGCAAAAUCAGUGGGGUUGUCAGUGCUGUGAGCUUGUAAUGUAAAGGUAAAGGUAAAGGUACCCCUGCCCGUACGGGCCAGUCGUGACCGACUCUGGGGUUGAGCGCCCAUCUCGCUUAAGAGGCCGGGAGCCAGCGCUGUCCGGAGACACUUCCGGGUCACAUGGUCAGUGUGACGAAGCUGCUCUGGCGAGCCAGCACCAGUGCAGCACACGGAAACGCAGUUUACCUUUCCGCUAUAAAGCGGUACCUAUUUAUCUACUUGCACUUAAGAGUGCUUUCGAACUGCUAGGUGGGCAGGAGCUGGGACCAAACGAUGGGAGCUCACCCCACCGCGGGGAUUCGAACCACCAACCAUACGAUCGGCAAGUCCUAGGCGCUGAGGUUUUACCCACAGCGCCACCCGCGUCCCUUGAGCUUGUAAUGUACAGGCAUGUAAAUAAAAUCACACAUCACAAAGACAUUGCCAUCUCCGGUGACCUUCAUUUGAAGGAAACCAAACCUGAGGUAUGGCUGGGGCAACCCAAUCAGAUGGGUGUGGCAUAGAAAUAAUAAAAUUGUUGUUAUUAUGUGUUGGCAACCCUGCAAUCUCUCACUAGUCAGGGACUGGGGUGUGCGUAGCUGAAUAAAAUGCAGUCAACAGCAGUGACAGGGUAUGGAGGCACCUAUUUGGUGAAGGAGGCAUGAGGGCUCUGGCAGAGUCCUAAAGCCUUCCCACAUCCUUCCCAAGUCUGGGGAAAGCACUAACUUGGCUUUGGGAAGAAGACAGGAGGAGGAUUCCAGGGUGGCGAAUAGAUCGUCAGUGUCCUGGAUCAAGAAUUCUGAUGCAGAUGACUGAUCGAUACAUUUUAAUAGUCUAUAGCUGCCCCAGCCAUUCUGGGCGGCUUCCAACACUCAUAAAACACAAUAAAACAUCGGGGCUUCACUCUUUGCACUGCUGUGAUGGCCCAUGGCAGUGUUGUAGUGAUGGCAUUGGAUUUCUGCCUUCUUAACUUGAUUUGCAAAGACUAGUCCUCUCUCCACCUAUGUUUUUCAGGGCACUGCAUGGAUUGGGGUUGUCGAUGCUGGUGGAAAUACCGUGACCACGUACAACGUCACAGCGGGCCAGGUCAUUUUCUUCCCUCGAAACACGGUGCAUUGGCUCAAGAACGUCGGUACAGAAGACUGUCUGUUCUUGCUGUUCUUCACAACCCAUGAAGAGCUUCAAACUCUGGAUCUGGAUGAUACGUUUUUCUUAACACCUGAAGACAUAGCAGCAAGGUCACUAAAGGUCUGUACAACAUAAACUCCUUAGUGCUAGUCUGGGGGGGGCUGAUUGCUGUUCAUUCCUAUUCAGCACUAAGCUACAGGUUUUCCCAGGGGAAAGAGGUCAGGCAACCAAAUGUGUCGAUAAGCCCUGAGAUGUUUCUGUUCCUGAUGCUACACUUGAAUGCAGCUGUAUUGUGAAAAUCUUUGUAAGCUGCUUUAAGAGCCAAUUGGGGCUAUGACAUGAGGUAUGGGCCCCUCCAGAUAGCCUUUUAAUCAUGCAUUUAUGAUGCAAUCGGGGUUGUCACACAAGAUUCCAUUUUCCAUACAAAUUGCAUCUGCAGAGGUUUUGGGGCAGCCCCCCUCCCCACUUCAUUUCCAAGCAGCAAAGUUCAUUUCCUACUGAAAUUCUGCAACUUUUCUUACCACGAAUUGUUCUGGGGUGUGGGUGUUCUUUUUUGGUCCCCUUUUUGUUGUGCUUCAGCCCCUCUAGAAAGCAGUUAUGUGGCAUCAUUGGGGAAGCUUCUCAGAGCAACCAAUAAAGCAGAAUAUGCCCACCACUAAUGCACAGGAUGUUUUGUUUUUUAUUUUUUUAAGAAGCCUUUAAAGUAUUUCAUUUGUUCUUGAAAAUUUGGUUCCUACCCCCCUUCCCAUCUCUUUUAGGGCUUAAACUGUCAGUUUGCAUUUCUUAGUGCAGAAAAUACUGAUCUGAUGUGUAGAGAUCUUUCCUAUUCUACUUAAUUCAAGAAGCUUCCGUAAGCUUCUUUGUGUGAAAGAAACAAGCAAACAAGCAGAAGGUUCCUGAUGUUUGGGUUAUUCCUUCAAAGAAGCUGAGUACAGCUGGUUUAAACUGGUUCUGUUAUCUCUUUCUGUCAAGGUCAUGCUGACUGUGAGGCCAGAAGGAGCCUCGGUCUCACCCUUUUUUUCUUUCUUUCUUUCUGGUAUGGUGUUUUGUAUGCUUAGUAUAAGUUAUUGUAAGUUUAAGCUAAGUCUGCUGCAACUGGAUUUUUUAUAAACAGUGCCAAUCCUGAAUGUAUUGGAUUUGUGACCAUUAUACUCAUUUGCCUUCAGUGGCAGAAAAGCUCUGCUGGAUGAAAUAUUAAUUGCCUCUGAUCUAGUUUUUGGGAAUCCUGCAACGUGUUUAAGUUGUUACUCUGCUAACUACACAUUGGAAUCUGCUCUGGAUCAAUAUUGAGUAGAAUUUCAGUGACAAAAACAAACUCCUCUAGCUGGAGCUCCUUUAAGUCACUGCUGCUGAGAAGCUAAAUCCAACGUUUGCUGCAUGUUUUCUAGCCUCAAGGUGGAGUGGCCUUCAUCAGGUCUUUCCAUAAGCAAGCAGAAGACCAAGCUGUCAACCUUCCUCCAAACCUAGCAGAGUUCGUUCAGAAUCCCAACUACCAGCAGUCUGAAGACCCGCUUGUGUGGCGGUACUUCUUUGAUCUCAAAGGUACUUCAGAGAAAGCUGAGAUGGCAUUAACAGGGACCUUUGUUUCCAGACAGUUAGCAAUGUGGGUCGGGGUCGCUUCAGCAAAGGGAGCAGAGGCAAUAGAGGACCAGCCCCACCAUCACCUUAGGAACGUUUUCCUGGGCUUCUGAUGCAGGAAGGAGCUGGUGGCAUCCACUUGCUACCCAAGAUAUUUCCAGACAAUCUCAGAGACCCAGCCAGGGAAGGAUUGCCCAAAAUCAGUGGCGGAAUCUAUUUCUGGUUCCACAGUUCGUUCCAGAGCAUGGGCAAAGCUGGAUACAGAAACUCUGCUGUCUGCGAAACCAAGCAGCUGAGCUUAUUCCUAAUUAAAUGCCCAUGAAGGAAUCAAAUAUUCUCUUUUUAAAGCCUUGGGUUUUUAAAGAAACACUCUUGGGUGGUAAGAUUGGCACUCAGAUAGGGUUAUCAUACAUCUGAACAUACCUGGAAUAUUGCAGUCAGAAGCAGUGUCUGCAUGGAAAUUGGCAAAAUGUCCAGGAAAAUCUGGACAUAUGGUAACCCAGUGUUGUUUUUGCUGACUUUCCUUAAAAAUAGCUCAAAAUGUCAAUUUUUAUGUGUCCAGGUUUUCACUUUUUGAAAAAUGGCAACCCUAACUCAGGACUCUCUUAGUAGUUUCACCACCCUUGGAACUUGGGACGGGGUGGAGGAAGGCUGGGAAAGUCUAUUCUCUUUCUUCCUAAGCUUUGGAGUUUUGGCCUCACAGAAGUAUGUCUGGCACUUCUAUAUCCAGAACACGUGGUCUGCUGCUAAGUGAUUGCAAAUGUCUCAGAACAGCAAGGAUGGCUUAGCGAGCAAUGUAAGCUAAUAAAUAUUCUGUGAUGAUCGCGAACUAGGUCUCCCAAGCUUGUCGUACUGUUGAGGAUGCUGCGUUUGUCCUCCAUUCAGGGUCAACUGAGUUCCGUUUCCCCGGGGGAAUAAUCCAGUUUGCUCGGUAUGUGAAAGAUGGAAAAGGCUUGAGUACGAAUGAAAGAAUUUACAGCGAGUUUCUGCAUUCAGUAAGUAUUGAGAUAAAAAGCGCUGCCUGUUAUAGUGGAGGAGACCAUGGAGAUCUGAGUCAAAUGUUCCGUUUGGGGAGCAGUACAGAAACCCUGCCCAUAGCCGUCUCUGCAUGGGCUCAAACCACUAGCCUUCUGGUUAACAGCCAGUUGCACUGACCCAUGGAGCCACCUGAGAUUUCUAACGUUGUUGGACUCCAUUUCCCAUCAGCCCCAGCCAACAUGGCCAGUGGUCAGGGAUGAUGGGAGCUGGAGUCCAACAAGUCUGCAGGGCCUCCGGUUCCCACCUCCUGUUUUAAUGCUUUGAGACACCCUGUUGUUAUUUUGCACAACCUCACAUGCUCACGUGCUUUUGUUUGGUCUCCUUGUUUUCAGAAGGAAGAUGCUCUUACUUUGGGGACACUCAGGAUCUAUAGCAAUGGUCUACGGCAGCCCCACUUUCAUUUCAACGCCAACGAGAUGGGAUACGUCAUCAGUGGGUGUGGAAAGGUAGCUAUUUAACUUAAACCACUGCGAUGCAAACCGUUCUGAGUUUUCCUUGGGUAAGGAAUAGGUGCUUAGCUAUUGGCAGGAAGCAGAAACUCUCACAAUAUUGUUUUGACUCCUGCUGAAGUCUUUCAUUUCACCCCCCCCAGUUAUAUUUUAUUAAAUUUUUACAAGUUUCACAGUUACACUCCAAUACAUAAUCAAUUUUUCUUUUGUUUUUGUCAACCUCCCAUCCCAUUUUCCAGUGGUGUUUUUUUUAAUUUCUCCCUCUUUGCUGCUCCUUGUCUUCUAUCUCUUAUACCAUAGUUGUUUUUAUUUCAGCAAUCCUACCCAGGCAUACAGUUUAGUUAUGCAUUCCCCCCCAGUUUUGCUGCUUUUUAUCUGAGUUUUAUCGGUGAUUAUUUUAUGUAUAUUUGCUUUUUUAAGUUUUGCUGAUUUAAUCAUGUUUUAUUGGUAAUGUUAUUAUGUACGUCUGUUACGAAUUUUUCUGCUUAAGCAGUUUAUAAGCUUUUCUAUAAAAGAAAAAGCUUAUGAAUAUUUUCAAAGAAGCAUUUUGGGCUGGUGGCAAGGAGGUUGCAGGGUUAGCCAACCUGGUGCCUUCAAGAUAAUGAACUGCAACUCCCAUCAGCCACAGAAAACAUGACUAGGAUGAUGGGAGUUGUAGUCCAAUAUCUGGUAGGCACCCAGAGACUGUUGCUGGGUUAGGAGAAUCAAACUGUUCUUAGCUCUGCUUCCUUCCAGUUUUCUGCAAGGCAGAGUUGGGAAAGAAAUCUUGGAGCUCCACAGCCUUGCACAUCAGGUUGUCUACAAGUCCUGUUCCACAAGUGUCAGGGAACUGCCAUCGGCUCAGAGGCGAGAGGGGGAAGGGCAGAUGGAUUACAGAGAGCCUCCAAAAAUCGUGGGAAGCAGCACUUCCUCAGCGGAGGAAGGAAGCCACGCCUCUAGUGGGGAAGAGCUGCAGGGCUCGAGGGAUGCAAGGCAGUGCCAGGACACCUUGCCUGAGUGAAGCGGGGAGGAGAGGUCCCCCUUUACCCAAGCCUUCCUUGCGCAGUAGGCUUUCGUGCAGAGAGGGGAGGCGUCGGCUGGGGGUCAAGAAACUACUCUGCUGGGGAAAGUUUAAGGACAGCCCACUCUCAGAUUCUGCUAGUGAGUGAGCAAGACAUGGAAUAGAGGUGUUCUGCAUUGUAAAUGUUUUUGCACCAAUAAUAAAGCCUUUGAAAAGACCAGUGAGGGAUCUUGCCUGAUCGCUCUCGAGCAACCACACCGAUAGGCAUAACAACAAGGGAGGUCACUCUCCUGUAUCCAUUGCGCUGCUCCUCCUGGUCCCUCCUGUCCCCUUACACAGCUUUAUAACAGUAUAUGAGGGAGGAAAACAUAAUUAUCUGCUUUCUCUACACCAGGCCCAUCCAACUAUCAAGAGACUGCGAUCUACUCCCAGUAUAAAAAAAAAACUGGCAGUGAUCUACCCAUUGUCGUUGAGGAUUGACCACAGUUGUUAGCUUUUUGCGGGGGAGAGCGCAGUUGUUCAGCUUUUGGGGGGGAAACAGCUUCUAUACAGGGGUAUGACAUCAAUCACUAACCUGGAAAACUGCUAAAAGCCAUACAACGUAUUCAACAUCGCAAAGCGAUAGCACCAAACUCCACCCAGAGGGACAGAGCAAGGGGGGCAGGGCGCGGAGACAUUCAUUCCACAGUUCUUUUAUUCCUGCAAUUGAUAAGAGUCUCGAGAUUGACCAUUAUCAACGGGGGAUCUACCUGUUGAUCGCGGCCGACCGGUUGGACGUGUCUGCUUUACACCAUGAAUAAUGUCCUCUAUCAUGUCCCUCCACCUUUUCUCUAAACUAAAAAGCCCCAGAUGUGGUCGCAUUUUUUCAUAGGGGAAUUGCUCUGUCUUCUGGAUCAUUCUAUUUUUCCCUUUUCUGAACCUUUGGCUCUGGGAGACAUUACAGAUGCCUGGAUUUGUGACAUUUUUCAUGAAGUCCAUUGAGAACCACAGAUUCUUUUUUUUUUUUAAUAAUUUUUUAUUAACAGGCCAAUCACAUCACAUUAUCCAAAUCACAUUAGUUCCAAAUUAUACAGCCAAAUUUUAAAUUUUGUUGGGGGUACCCAUACAUCAAGCUCCGAACGAGUCCAAACAUCACUUAUAUUACUGCUUUAAUUAAACAGUUCUAUCCAGUUCAAUCCAGAUAGUCCUUUAUUACUUUCUUCAUCUUCUUGUUGUAAUCAUAUAUUCCUUUCUUUGCGAUCUUUGAUAAUUUUCACAAGCAGAUUGAAAACAGGCAUCCUCUGUGUGGGUUUUGUACUCUCCAAAGAUCAUAUCGCUCAGGGACAGCCUCUGUUCAACGCUUCCAUAAAAAAAAAAAAUUAAUCUUCGGUCUGUCCUUUACUUUUCUCAGGCUUGCCAAAUAAAUCAGGAGGCUCUGUCAGGUCAAAAUUGCAUUCCAACAUUCCUUCUCUUUCCAAUGAUCCUGAUUCUCCUCCCCCUGUCCUUCUUUCUCCGGCAAGCCUGUCUUGGCGAGACGCCAUUUUUUAACUGCGUCAUAAAAAUUUUCCUCUUUCUCACCGUUCACCAAUCCUCUCUCCUGUUAUAAUCCAUCCCACACAGUUCUUGAAUUCCUGCUUGUGAUUAGUAAAAACGCAACGAUCUUAUUUCUAUCUGGGGUGAAGGGUUAUUAAUAUCACAUCGUGCAAAGAAAAAAAAAGUUUUUUCCUCCCCCCCCCUUCAUUCCAAACAUACAGUCUCUUAAUGGUGAUUCAUCAGAAGAUUUACUUAUCCGUCCGUCACUCCCGGUCACAGAGAUCCAUUAAUCAGCAGUCUUAUCUCUCGAACGUUACUUGAUGUAUGUGCUUCAGCUUCAUUCCAAUCGUAUGUUUCCAAUUAUAAUUCCGAGCUGAAGCUAACCAGCACGCGCUGAUUGGAAUCGGCGUCAGGAAGAUCUGACUUCAUCGAGGGCUCGUGCCAAGUGUUCGGCGCCCCCAUCUCUCGGAUCAGGGGGUGCAUUGUGAACACCGCUGGCAAGGCAGCCCCCCCAUUUCUUUGGGGGGGUAGGAAGACUGCAUACUUCCCAUAGCAGCCCCUUAAUUACCUCGUAUGGGUCAGAGAGAUGUUAUUGUCGGCCAUCUUCCAACGCGCCACCUGGUGGCCCCCCGAGAAUCACAGAUUCAGUUGGAUGGGUGUUGGGGUAUAUUUCCUUGUUGGUGCAUUCUCUCUCCAGGUGGGCAUUAUCGUUUCACCAUCACUCACCACUGACUUCACCAUUGGCGUUGGAGAUGUUGUGUUUUUCCCCGUUGGGACCCAACACUACAUCAAGAGCACAUGCGACGAAGAGUUGCUUUUCAUUUUGGCAUUCAGCACUGCGAACCAGGUAGGAAAUCUGUGCUUGACUUCCUAGGUAAACUGCCGGGCUAGAUACAGUUAAGCCACAGUUAAGUCAGUGGGGUGAGUUAUUGUGAACCACAAUCAACAUUACAAAGUUUUUGCGGGAUUGGGGAGGAAAAAAAUACCAUAUAUUAGCGAUGGGGAAGAAAUUUAACUCAGUUUGCAUUUAAAGGCAAAUCUGCCGAAUUUGUGCUUUCUGAAGCAAUACACCAAAAACCCAAACAUCCAGCCUUCAAAAUUUGAAUUUUUCUGAAUUUUGAAAUGCAGUUCUCCAGCCAAGUAAUGUGCAUAUACUAAAGUAGGUGUAAAAAUGCAUAUUAGUAAUAAAUAACAUGGGAAAGUACAUUAUAUUAGGUACACUGCUUUGCAAAAGCGCAUAGCUAAGGUGCUUACAAAGAUGUGACUAUUCGGUGAAAUUCUCACAAAAAUACUGAUGAAUUUUCACGAGAACUUACAAUUUAUUUAUUUAUUUAUUUGCAAACCAAUGUGGAAAUGUAGAGAACUGAAUGUAAGACUGGAAAAAUUAGAAAUGGAGAGAAACCAAUUGAAAUUUGCCCAUCCGUAUUACACAUGAUUGUACAUAUUACAUAAGAUGGUAAUUUAAAAAGUUUGCCAUGAAAAAUGUGUGUGCGUUACUGUGAAACGAGCGUAAACUUCCCUUUCCCAAUUCAAAUACUGUUGUGGUUGUUUUUUUUGUAGCUGCAGACCCUUGAUAUGGAUGACUAUUUCCACCGCACGCCAGACCAUAUACUAGCCCAGCUUUUCUUCAAAAAGCAGGACGAAUUUAAGAAGAUUCCACAUUUUAACGAGGAUCAGGCAAUUAAUCUACCAUAGCAGCUUCACUACACCAACGAAGAAGUCCGCAUGAAACCACUUGUUAUUAAUAAUGUUAAUGCUGACUUGGAAGAGUUUUUCGAGUUGUUAUCUACUUCUUUAUAAAGUAAACGGAGUCAGGGCUUGCAUUGCGUUUUCCUAAUAAUAAUGAUGAUGAUGG